AGUACUUUUGCCUUGCUGCAUACAAAGGUUCGCAAUCGGUUGUCGCACAAGAAACUUAAUAAGCUUGUCUAUGUCAACUACAAUCUUCGUCUCCGACUCGAGGAGGUCUCCGGCCCACUGAUGCGUGAAGAAGGUGAUUUCAUUGACCAGCUAGCCCAUCUUUCAUUCUAUGAUGAGAAAAAUCCGGUGCGGGAAUGGAUGGAAUAUGGUAGAUCUAACCGGGCUCCAGUUCUGGACGAGGAUGAUGAUGACGGCGACAUCCCUCUCCCGUCCCAUAUUGUCAGAGAUCAAAUAAACGUGUCAGAUCUACGUGAGGCUACGGGGAAUGAUUCCAUCAGCGAUUGGGCACGUCAAAAUAUAGGUGACACUCACCUAGGGAAGAGAAAGUUGCACAAGGGGCCUAAGAAGGGUGACUCGAAGCGUCGAAAAGGCAAAGGAACAGCAAAACCAGUGAGCAGCGACACCGAGACUGAUGAUGGCGAAGGUGAGCGUAGUCCUCCGUAUCAGGAGUCCGAGGAUAGCAGCUCGGCCGAUGAUGGUGAUGAUGGUGACGGUGCUCAGCCUAAUGCUGGUGGUGGAGGUAGUGGUGCUGAUGAUGCUGCUGGUGGUAGUGGUCAUGCUCGUGGUGUUCGUUUCACAGGGGAAACUCAGUUCACACAUGCUACUCAGGACACCGACCAUGGAGCACCGCAAUCUUUGGUUUCACGGGGAGUCGGGACAUACGGGCCGCAUAGUUCACUCAUUCAGCGAGGAAACAAAGACACUGAUCAAGGAACUAACGAAGAAAGCACCGGUUAA